GGGAAAAUCCUCAAGGCAGCGAUGCGUUUUGGCAUAAGUUAAACACCAAGGAGGACUCUACCCACCCUGCACCCCCAAAAAAUCCCAACCAUGUUUUGCUACAGAUGGACUAGAACUCCGAUCCAAAGCUAAGCCUCCUGGAUUUGAACUCGCGACCUUUACAAAGUGGAAAAUAUCAUACCCAGUAAAUAAAUACGCAUAAUUCUUAUUUCCUUUCAGAUUAUAGGUUCAAAUCUCAAAUCUACGCCUCUAUAAUCAUCUGUGGAUGCACCGUGCCUCGCAAUUUUCCUCGAAGGAGGAUCGAACGGGGUUUUAACGUGCAAGUUUUCACCUAGUUGUGUGUUGAUAUUACACAUGCGCAGUGGUUAGAUCUAGAAAGAGGGUUUGGUUUUGAGUAUUAGUUUGGCAGAUUUUGAAAAGCUCGAUUGCAAUAAUUGAGGGUGAAUGCAUUUAUUGGUAGAGACUCUAAUCUAUUGCCAUCCCGAUAAAACAAAGAGAUCUGAAAGACAUCCAACGUUUUAAUCAGGCGUUGGGGUUUUGCAAGGAAUUGGACAAGAAAUUAAUAUUCCGCAAUGCCUGUAAAACCUGCCCAGUCGUCUUACCGGGAUAGGACAGCAGAAUUUCAGACCGUGGUAGAGAGGUUAAAGAAGUCGUAUUCUUCUACAAAUUUUUCUCAGUCAAAUGGAUCUACAGAUGGUGCAAGUUCUGCAGGGCCGCGAUCUAACGGUUCUCUGCAAUCAGAAUUCAACAAGAGGGCAUCCAGGGUCGGAUUUGGCAUCCAUCAGACGUCUCAAAAGCUUGCUAAACUGGCAAAAUUGGCAAAAAGGACAUCUGUGUUUGAUGAUCCAACUGUAGAGAUCCAAGAGCUUACAGCAGUGAUCAAGCAGGACAUUACAGCAUUGAAUUCUGCAGUUGCGGACCUUCAAAUUCUGUGUAAUUCUCAAAAUGAAAGUGGGAAUAUCUCUAAACACACAACAGAACAUUCAACUACAGUUGUGGAUAACUUGAAAAGCCGACUGAUGAGCGCUACUAAAGAGUUCAAGGAGGUUUUAACCAUGCGUACUGAGAAUUUGAAGGUGCAUGAGAAUAGAAGGCAGCUCUUCUCUGCCACUGCUUCAAAGGAUUCAGGAAAUCCUUUUGUUAGGCAACGCCCUAUUGCAAGUCCUAGUAGUACGAGUGCUUCUCCUCCUCCUUGGGCAAAUGGAUCUACAUCUGGAUCACAGAUUUUCAAUCCAAGGCGGCAGUCAAGUGGAGAGUCUUCUGCCCCCGCAAGGACGCAAACACAGCUUCAACAGCAAAUGGUUCCUUUACAAGACACCUAUAUUCAAAGCAGAGCUGAAGCUCUUCAAAAUGUAGAAUCAACCAUCCUGGAGCUGAGUAAUAUCUUUACACAGUUGGCUACCAUGGUUUCUCAGCAAGGCGAAUUAGCAAUUAGGAUUGAUGAGAAUAUGGAUGAUACUUUGGGAAAUGUUGAGGGAGCACAAGGAGCAUUGCUGAAGUAUCUAAAUCGCAUAUCAUCGAAUAGAUGGUUGAUGAUCAAGAUAUUUUUUGUAUUGAUUAUUUUUUUACUGAUCUUUGUUGUUUUUGUUGCCUGAAAUCAUUCUUUGGACUUACGUGUCCACUCUUGGUAUGAAUACAAUUUCAUGGAGAAUCUUGGUAUUGAUUAUUUAGCUUUGGAGAAGGCUAAAUUUGUGGCACAUAGCAUAGCAAUUCUGUUUUACCCGAAGGAUUUUAGUGGCAGUCUCUGGCACCUUGAUUCCUUUCAUGACAGACAGAAUGGUAUAAAUCUUGCAGCAUUAUGGCUUAUGUUCGAAAUGUCAGAAACAAAUGCUAUUGAGAUGUUACAGAGUCUUUCUACUGGCUGAUAUGAUUUGGGGCAAGUAGCAUAUGUACCGGCCAAAAUGAUUUGAGUUCAUGAAUUCUUAAUGCCUUAUUUGAGUUCCAUUUGAGUGGCAUUCCAAGUCUCUUAUAUGGUGAACUUUUCCUUGUUCCAAGCUUUUGCUUUGUAAGAUACAUGAGCACAGUAGAUGGAUUGCACAAAUAUCGAGUCCUAGUGAACAUAGGUUUAGGAAAGUGAAUGUGGGACAGUAUUCUCUGCUUUUUGACAGUGUUAAUGUAAUGUGGAAUAUCUUCUUUGGCACCGUAAGCUCUGCUCUGGAAGUCCUACAUUUAAUGAAAGACUUGGCCCAUCGGAUUUAUAAAAUCCUGUUUUCAAGGAUUAUUUUGUAAUCAAAAUGAACAAUAGUAUCCUCUAGAACUUUGAGCUUCUCCUUUAACUGUUUUGUCGUGUAAUACAAAGAGUCUAGCACAUUCGUACUUAUUCAGUCCUUUUAAUGACAUUUUCAAGCAUAUUUAGAUUUCA